AUGUUUGAGUGGAAAGAAAAAGCAAGCAACGCAAUAUUACUUGAUGAUAAUGUAGGUGGCAAGGGUAAAACUUUUAGAACUAGAUUUUUACAAGCUGGACUUGUAAAAUAUUCUUUUGGUGUGUGCCUAUUGGAAAAAGAAACAAUAGAUAGAUUUGUUUAUCAAUUUGAAGGUUGUCCAGUUAUUAUCAAUCACAAAGAUGUGACAAGUGAAAGCGCAAAAGAUGAUAGAGUAGGCGUUAUCAGUAAGGUUGAAUAUAAUCAAUAUGAUGGUUGGUAUUGGGCAGAAGGUGUAAUUUUUGAACAAGAAGCAUUAAAUCUUAUUGACAAAGGUUAUAAUGUAUCUUGUCAAUACGAAAUUACUGAAUAUUCUGUCAACAAAGAAGGCAAAUUGCAUAAUGGUAAUGAAUAUGACAAAGUCAUUUUAAAUGGACGUCCUGAACAUUUAGCUAUUGUUGAGAAUCCUAGAUAUGAGAAUGCAAUGAUAGCUGUAAAUGCUUUAGAGUUAGGAGAAGAUAUGCAAGCAGUAAACGACAAGAAAGAAUUUGUAACUGUUGGCGAAGACCAAGCUGGUUCUGAUACAUUAGUAGUAGUUAAAAAAGCUGCUGCUACUGAUUUACCUUUGGGUGUUGUAGUUUACAACCCAAUCAAAACUGGUUUUGCUGCUGGAGAAAUGGUAUCUGUAUUCCCAGAUGACAGUUAUGUUUACUUACCAGCUAAUGCAGCUACAAUCAAAAGAGGUAACAAAUUACAAUUUACUGCUGAUGGCAAAGUUGCAGCUACAACUACAGCUUCUAAUGGUUAUAUUGGUAUCGCUAUUACUCAACCAUCUGCAGUUGAUGAUUUAAUCGUAGUACAAAUCAAGGCAAGCAAAUAG